UCAAGUGAGCUCAAGUAGUUUGAUCAAACUGAGCCUCAGAGCUUGGUUUUGUCUCAGCCAAGAAAAUACAGAGAAAAGGAGGAGAGAGAGAAAGAGCUCGGUUGGUUUCCAAACUUUUUUUUUUAUUAUCAUAUUUAUAUAUAUGAUUACACGAGGAGCAGGAUGAUGGAGUUAAGUUUGUGUUUCUUUUUUGGGUGGUUUUGAUUUCUAGGAAGCGAAUUUGGUUGCUUGGUGUCGUUGUUAGUUUAAAAUUAAGACAGGGGCUUUAGAGGUGUCAAGAUUUAAAGACAAAAGUUGGCGUGUCUGAGUAGGAUUGCUUCGAAUGGAAGAAGAUACUAAAGAAAUGAGAUCCUUGGCCUUAACUCCAACAUGGUCAGUUGCAACUGUGUUGACAAUCUUUGUGGUUGUUUCUCUGAUAGUGGAGCGCUCAAUUCACAGACUAUGUAGUUGGUUGCGGGAAACCGAUCGGAAACCUUUGCUUGCAGCUGUGGAGAAGAUGAAAGAAGAGUUGAUGCUGCUUGGAUUCAUAUCACUUCUUUUAGCAGCUACCUCAAGCACCAUAGCCAGUAUUUGCAUUCCAUCAAAGUUCUAUGAAGGUAAUUUUGCUUCUUGCACGAGAACAGAGACUGAUGAGGAAAUUAAACAAAAUUCUUCCGAGGGACGUAAACUAGUGAUGCUUUCUGUUCUUCCUCAUCCACUUCGAAGAAUGUUGAAUGGCUUGGAUCGGAAUACCUGCGAAAAGGGAUAUGAGCCAUUCCUGUCAUAUCAAGAUCUCGAGCGGUUGCAUCGCUUCAUUUUCGUCAUGGCAAUCACACACAUUUCUUACAGUUGCUUAACAAUGCUGCUGGCGAUUGUGAAGAUUCAUAGUUGGAGAGUAUGGGAAGAUUUGGCUCGUAUGGAAUGCCAUGAUGUAUCAACAGAAAACAAUAGAGAGAAUACAUUGCGAAGGCAAACAACCUUCGCAAGACAUCAUAAAUCAAGCCCUUUGGUCAAGAAUAGUUUUCUUAUCUGGGUGACAUGCUUCUUUCGGCAAUUUGGACCUUCAGUGGCUCGCACAGACUACCUCACUCUUCGUAAGGGCUUCAUCAUGAAUCACAACCUCCCAUUGAAACAUGAUUUUCACAGCUACGUGAUCCGCUCCAUGGAAGAAGAAUUCCAGAGAAUUGUUGGUGUGAGUGGUCCAUUGUGGGGAUUCGUUGUGGUAGUCAUGCUGUUUAAUGUGAAAGGAUCUAAUCUCUAUUUCUGGAUAGCCGUCGUUCCAAUCACUCUUGUUCUUCUAGUCGGUGCAAAGCUACAACAUGUUAUCGCGACCUUGACAUUAGAGACUGCUGGCCUAACUGGACACUCUGUAGAAGGGAAGCUGAGGCCUCGAGAUGAUCUUUUCUGGUUCAAGAAGCCAGAACUGUUUCUGUCAUUGAUCCAUUUUAUCCUGUUCCAGAAUGCAUUUGAAUUGGCUUCAUUCUUUUGGUUUUGGUGGCAAUUUGGCUUCAGAUCCUGCUUUAUUAGGAACCAUUUGCAGGUGUACAUACGACUUGUGUUGGGGUUUGCUGGGCAGUUCCUCUGCAGCUACAGCACCUUGCCACUAUAUGCACUUGCUACUCAGAUGGGAACAAACUAUAAGGCGGCAUUAAUUCCUCAAAGAAUAAGGGAGACAAUCCAUGGGUGGUGGAAAACAGCAGCUAGCGGGAAGAGGAGGCAUGCAAUUUUCACAGAUGAUUCUACCAUGCACAGAGACACAAGCACAUUAAUGUCAGAGGAAGACAAUCAUCAUUUGCUUGAUAUUCCUGAGAAUGAUGCAGAUCCAGUCACUCAAAUCGAGUUGCAGCGAGCUUCUUUUAUUUCAGUUAGUCCUACCACAGUUGCCAAUGAAACUUCAAGCGGGGCAGCUACUCCUUUCCUUCGACAAUCAGCUUCUGUUUCUUCAUCAGAAACAUCAAAUUUUCACCUGGACGAGAUUCCUAGAUCAUUUUCUAUGCCAGUUAGAAGGUAGUAAAUUGGACUUAUUCUGCCAGGAAUGUAGGCUUUGUAGGGAUCUUGUAAAGAACAAGGAAAAGAAAUACACAUUAGUACUUCGAUUGUUAUAUAUUUCCUU